UCCCUCCCUCCCAUUCACUAUCGUCAUCAUUGGGAGAGAGAUAAAAUAUUAAACCAAAAACCAUCAUCAAGCAAAGUUUUAAGAAAAAGGUUUGGGACUACUACAAUUUUAGUUGCAACAUCAAAGUUUUUAGGAUAUAUAUCUUAUUGCAACCAUAUCAACCGCAAUUUCUUGUAGUAUCAAAGAACAUAACGAGACUAUAAUAUUGUGACCACAAUUUAAAACCUUGUGGUAAUCAACAUGGCUUCGUCCAAUCAAGAAAAAGGUAAUUCCCAAACAGAAUCACCACCAUUGACUAACCAAUCCUCAGAACAACACACCGACCCACCACCACCAACCACUACACACCCCACCCAUCCACCUCCUCACCCAAUGUAUUACCAAAACCCUCACACAUACCCCCAAUACCCACCCGGUUACCCACCCGGUUACCCGCCCGGUUACCAUUACCCCCAAAACGCACCUUACUAUGGUCCUCCUCCCACCUAUCAAACCUCUUCACCCGGUACCCGAUUCAUUCGAAGCUUCAUAUUAUGUUUUAUGAUGAUCCUCACGUUCUUUUUUCUCUCGAGCCUCGUCUUAGCCUUGAUGCUACGUCCGGAGCUACCUGUGUACAAGGUUGUCUCCUUCAAUGUAAAUAACUUCACAACCACGCCAACCUUGGCUGGUCAAUGGGACACAAAAAUAAGCAUUGACAACCCGAAUGACAAACUUGUCGCUUAUUUUUCCAACUUCAAGGUUGACGUGGCGUACAAGGAUGGCGUUAUGGCAAUUAAUCAUGCGCCUGGGUUUGUGUUGAAUACAAAUGAUCAUAUGGAUGUGAACGUGGCAGGUUUGUCUAACCAAGGGAAUGUAAAUUUGUUGGAAAAGACAACGAUGGAUGACUUGGUCAAAGAGCGAAGUACCGGCUCCGUUACCUUCACUUUGAGGGUGUCUUCCGUGAACAUGUUUAAGUCAGGUUCAAUUUCCACGAGGACUGAAGAGAUAGUGGCAAUUUGUGAGGGGUUGAAGGUUGUGUUUCAGAAUAAUAAUGCCACCACUGGGACAAUGGACAAUAGGGGAAAACCUGCUGAUUGUCAGCUAUAUAUUUGAAGCGGGUUAUCAACAACAUUUGGUGUGACCGAGCAAGUUUGAGUCUUUAUACGUAUAUGUUUAAAUAUUUGAAGGAAGAACUUGAUUUAUAAUAGUAAUCAUAUAGAACAUUAACAAGAUUGUUUACCGUAGAGAAACAUAGUUUCUAAAAACAACCUUUGUCUUAUGUGGAGGAAGAGAAUGGUUAUUCGUGUAUAAAAUUGUAUUUAGUAAUGAUGUCUUGUUUGGAGAUUGAGGAUCUAGAUAAAAACAAGCUUGAGCCUUGUAGCUAUAUAGAAAUUAAAUUAAUUUGGCAUGCUACUUUGUUUUUAGCAGU